UUGGUGGAAAUUUGUGAACUUUCACAAAAUUAGGGUUAAGGAAAAAGCUUCUUCGAGUUUUCACACGAUGAGUCAUCAUCACCGGCGAGAUUCCGGCGGAGAUGUAGUUCAUGUGAUACCCACAAACAAUCCUCCGCCGGAUAGUUGGUUUCCGAAUCUCGGCGAUAGUGCCGUUUGGGCGACGGAAGAUGAUUACAAUCGAGCUUGGGCGGUGAAUCCCGAUAACACCUCCGGCGACAACAAUGGUCCACCGAACAAGAAGACUCGAGGCUCUCCGUCGUCUUCAUCAGUCACCACUACUUCCGCCGCGAGCAAUCGUACUAAAGCGAUUGGGAAAAUGUUCUUCAAGACGAAGCUUUGUUGCAAGUUUCGUGCUGGGACUUGUCCGUAUAUAACUAAUUGUAACUUUGCUCAUACGGUGGAGGAGCUUCGUCGUCCACCGCCGAAUUGGCAGGAGAUUGUGGCGGCUCAUGAGGAGGAGAGAUCUGGUGGUAUGGGAACUCCUACUGUUGCUGUGGUUGAGUUGCCACGGGAGGAGUUUCAGAUCCCGUCUUUGGUGUCAUCGACGGCUGAGAGUGGGAGAUCUUUUAAAGGAAGACAUUGUAAGAAGUUUUAUACUGAAGAAGGAUGUCCUUAUGGAGAGAGUUGUACGUUUCUGCAUGAUGAGGCUUCGAGGAAUAGAGAAAGCGUUGCGAUUAGUUUAGGACCUGGUGGUUAUGGAAGUGGUGGUGGUGGUGGAAGUGGCGGUGGUUCUGGUGGUGGUGGUGGUGGUAGUAGUAGCAAUGUAGUAGUGCUUGGUGGUGGUAGUGGAAGUGGAAGUGGAAUUAAUAUUUUGAAGCCUUCAAAUUGGAAGACAAGGAUUUGCAACAAAUGGGAGAUUACUGGGUAUUGUCCGUUUGGUGCUAAGUGUCAUUUUGCUCAUGGAGCUGCAGAGUUACAUAGAUUUGGCGGAGGACUCGUAGAAGAAGAAGGCAAAGACGGAGUAUCACCCAAUCCAGACACAAAGCAAACAGUACAAAACCCGAAAGGACAUUCAGACACAACAACACUUCUAUCUCCAGGAGUUCCUCAUAAUGCAGAUGCCAGUUACCACAGUGGAGUCGCAUUGCAACGAGCGUCUAGUGCGGUUACACAAAAGCCUGGAAUCAGAACUCAUCAGAAGUGGAAAGGUCCGGCAAAAAUCAGUCGGAUAUACGGUGAUUGGAUCGACGAUAUUGAAUAAAGUUAUCGCUGUCUUUUUUCAACAGAUUUAGAUAACUGCUAAGAAAAUUACAAUCUCGCUUUUUUCUUGAUGUUUGGGUUUUAGUUUACCGGUUUCAAAGUCCGGUGAUGAUGGUACAUUUUGUAGAGUUUGUUGUAUAUGUGUAAUCCUUGUAUCUCCUUUUGUUGUUGUUGUUGUUGUUGUUGUUGUAGAUUAUGACUUAUGUUGAAAUAUCAUCUUUCUUUCUUUGUAUCUUUUCCAUAUUUGAUCUUUUUCAUUUCAUAAUUUGACUAUAAAGCCACAAAUUUGAU